AUGACUGCACCGUCGGCAAUAUCAGCCUCCCCAUCUCCAAGCUUGGAAGCGUCAACGGCAGAUGUGAAAGAGCUUCCACGAAUGAAAGCGAUUUACAUUGUUGCAAUCAUUGUUGGAUUUGUAUUCAUUGUUAUUCUAUCGGCGGCUGCUCUUGGUGCAUAUUUCUCGCAAUCGACGAUUGACAAGAAAGGAAAAGAUGUUUUCGAGCAACAAAAGACAAGUAAGUUUGCAGCUCAAAAUUCAUAUUUUCAAUCUAAUAUAUUUUGUUUUUUUUCCAGAGACAGCUGAUUCGGUGGCCAAAGCGACUCGUGUUGUCAAAAAGUUGCCGAAUCUUGUCAAUGAUGCUCCAUACACUGAUUUGCCCACCAAAUUGUUUGAUCGCGUUUCCGCUGAGCUCAAGGUUGCCGAUAUCAAACAGGUAGAUUUUCGAAAAUCGACAUGGAAUUGUAAAAAUAGCUGUAACCAUAUCAAUUUGUUUACAGAAGGAAAAACCAAUAUUGACGGAAGCUGAAUUUGAUUGGAGAUGGCGCAGUUUUGCCUGUGAUUAAGGCGAACUGUAGUCAAUGGGAGAACGUGAUAACCGACAAGAUGAAGUAUUUGGAAAUGUGUAACAAUGCAACCGAAGUACAUAAUCAACAACUUAAGAAUCUUGGCAAACCGAUUGAUGAGGCGAAAUCAAAUUUCGAGAAUUUGACCAUGGUUGAAUCGAAAACACGUGGCAGAUUAUCAAAGUCGAAUAUUUUUGCAUAUUCUGAAACUUUGAUAUCAAUGCUCAAAUCCUAUCAAACAUCGAUUAUUGCAAAAUAUGAUUAUUUCAUUGAAUCAUUCAAUAAUCAGAUUGGUUUACAAGAUUCGGUCAAAUUUCGUCUGCUCAUCUUCAUUAUUGUAUCAAUUCUGAUCGCUUUUGUCGUAUAUGGUAUUCAAGUUGGCACAUUUGUUGCAUUUGUGAAAGAAAAGAUAUCGCCGGACACCCAUACGAUCAUUUCAAAUAUUUUGAUUGGGAUCUGUGGAUUUUUGGUUGCGAUAUAUUUCAUUGUUGCUCUUCUCGGUUCCGUUGGCCUUUCACCAUUUGCUUAUCAAUGUGAAUUGAAAGACGAAUCUCAAAAUUCCGAUGCGAAAUUCUACAAUUUUAAUGGCGAAGCAGCGAAUCUUCGAUCGAUUACUGGUGGCUGUGAAAAGGGCAAAACGAUUUAUUCGAAAAUGUCGCCAUAUUUGGACAACGCUAGAAUCGGUGCAAAUUUGAAUAGCUAUCAAAGUGAUGUCACACAAUUUGCAACCAUUCUUCCAACCCUCGAAUUUGUUGAUAAUUCUUCGGUUAUCAGACGUCACAUGGCGAGUUUGAUGGAACAACGUGGAGGGUAUCUGAAAUACCAAAAAGACACUUGUUUGAAUUCUGCUGCGAGAAGAGCUGUUGUGAAUAUUGCUGGAGAUAUUAAAAAUCUCCAUGAUUCAUUACAAAAUUUAACAAAUCGCCUAGAAAACAUUUUACCUCUCUUAGCCGAUUUGUCAUCAAAAAUAAAUCCAGUGAUUGAUGAGUCGUUUGCUGGUUUUAGAAAUUUAACUGGAAUCGUGGUUGGAAACAUCAAUGUAAGUGAUUUCACGGCCUUUUACAGGGUAAAUCGAGAGAGACACAGAGAAAACGAGAAAACUUCUUCAAAAAGAAAUCCAAAACACGAAAUUCACAAAUAAUUUGAUAUAUCGUUUCGAAACCAAGCGCGGGAAAGUAUUGAAUUCGAAAAUAUUUGAAAAACAUGUUUCCCGCGCUUGGUCUCGAAACGAGGAGUCGAACUGCAAAUGGAAUUGGUGUUUCGUAUUUCUAUUUGAAGGUGGUUUUUUUCUCUCUGCGUCUCUCUCAAUUUGCAAUUUUCUCUAUUUUUGAAAGGCCGUGAUAUUUCAAAACAAGAAUUUCAAAAAAAAAAUGACAAAUUAUUUCAGGCCGAACUCAAAUCAACCGAUUUUUCAUGCGUUGUCGAAAAACCAUUGGACAUGUGCAUCGAAUAUGAUCUGAAUUGGACCAAAACAACUCUUGCCAAUUGGAUAAUAUUCUCCGAGUUUGUCGUUCUCCUCAUUCAGGCUAUUCUUUUCCGUAUUUUUGCCAAAAAGUUGACUCGUGAAGUGGUGAGUUUGUUUAUUGUUUUCUGUUUGAAGAAUUUCUGAAAUGAAAUUAUUAUUUUUAUAGUCGGCAUUUGAAAAAUUGCAAAAACAAUAUGAAAAGAAUUUAAACGCGUGAAAACGAAACUUUGGUGGAGGAUAUGGGCAAUUUUAGAGCGAAGGCCAAGGAAGAUGACGAGGAUAAGCAGGAGUUGCAGGUGAUCAAUGCUGAUCAAAAUCGAAUUAUUCAGAACAAUGAUGUUGAUAUCGGCCAGCUUCAGUAUGAAAAUAAUAUUUUCAGAAAUAAAGAAGAAGAACGUCGCCAAAGAGGUAGGUUGCACUGUUUUUUGCUGAAAUUGUGAAAAAUUUCAUAAAUAUUCAGAAAUUCGUGGUCGCCGAAAUCGCCAAACUCCACGAGCAACCAAUAACAAGGCUCAAGAUUUAUUGCGCAUUUAA